CCGGGAACUGGCGCGCGCCACUGCCAUCGCAGCCUCGUCGCAGGGAUUUGGGCCGCGCCUCUUCCACAGUCCACCCUGCUCGCCCGCCCCGACUCGACAACAACAAAAUCUCAUCCUUUGCAGUUUUAGCUUUGAGUCCGCGCCAUGGCGUCCGACAACGAAGACGUCGCGAUGAGAGAAUCUAAAAGACGGGAGCGUCAGUCAGGUAGAGCUUUGGAGAAUCCAGACACAGACAUUGGUUUAUGCGGCUGGCUGCUGGUUGGCGUUUCCAUCCUCCUCAUGCUGGUUACUCUGCCCAUCUCCAUAUGGAUGUGCAUUAAGAUUGUGAAGGAGUACGAGCGUGCCAUCAUCUUUCGCCUGGGGCGCAUUCUGCGAGGAGGAGCCAAAGGCCCAGGCUUGUUCUUCAUCUUGCCGUGCACCGACAGCUUUAUUAACGUGGACAUGCGCACCAUCAGCUUCGACAUCCCGCCGCAAGAGGUUUUGACCAAAGACUCGGUGACGGUCAGCGUUGACGGCGUGGUUUACUACCGGGUGCAGAACGCCACCCUGGCCGUGGCGAACAUCACCAACGCGGACGCCGCCACCCGGCUGCUGGCCCAGACCACCCUGAGGAACGUCCUGGGCACCAAGAACCUGGCGGAGAUCCUCUCCGACCGCGAGGAGAUCGCACACAGCAUGCAGACCACUCUGGAUGAUGCCACGGACGACUGGGGCAUCAAGGUGGAGCGGGUGGAGAUUAAGGACGUCAAGCUGCCCCUUCAGCUCCAGAGAGCCAUGGCUGCUGAGGCCGAGGCGGCCCGUGAGGCCAGAGCCAAGGUGAUCGCAGCGGAGGGCGAGAUGAACGCGUCCCGCGCGCUGAAGGAGGCGUCUCUGGUCAUCGCCGAGUCUCCCUCCGCCCUGCAGCUGCGCUACCUGCAGACCCUCAACACCAUCGCCGCCGAGAAGAAUUCCACCAUCAUCUUCCCGCUGCCGCUGGAGAUGAUGCACGGCUUCAUCAAACACUGAAUCGCUCCGCCUCCCACACACACACACACACACACACACACACACACACACACACACUCGUAGGCCGCGUUUCUCUUCCACCCUCAGAGCCCCGAAUGGUUAAACACCUUUUAUCUCCCCCAUUCCUGACUUUAACGCACCUUUCAUGAAAUUACUUAUUAAUGUUUUAACAUAAAGCAGCAGGUGGUUUAGCUUUUAUCUUCCACUUUUCCAUUUGAUCGUGUUUUAUGCUACAAAUGUUUAAAAAAAAAAUUCUUACAGGGCUCCGUGGCUGUCUGAGAAUCUCGAACCUCAUCAGUUUUAUAAACACUUUGAAGCAAAGUGCCUGCUGGAUACGUGGCCUAAACACACACACACACACACACACACACACACACACACGUACGCACGCAGUUCAAACUUUAUGGGGUUGUGUCGCAGACCCUGUCAGCUGAUCAGCUGACCCCCCCCCCCCCCCCCCCCACCCUCGUCAUGUCAGGACCACCUUCAAGACAGUGGGAGGGGCCGCCUCACCCCCAAAACCACAUUAUAGCAUUGGAUCUCCUGUGGGUCCUUCAUUUUGGGCUUCACAAAUGUCACGUACUCCACUUUUACACCCCCACAAAAUAAGAAACACAAGACCACACACAGACAAACACACAAGUCAGCAUAACUUUGACCUAAUCUCUGGUGUUCCAGCUUGACGUGGGGUCCCUGUUCUUCGCCCCACCAAGUGAAAUUCGCAAACGUAAAAAGUCUGUCUAUGUCUAAUAUCUGGUAUUGUAGCACUACUGCAGCCACUGCCAGCAUCUUAGUGCUGCGCUGCUUUUUCCACCUGAAGUGGAGUUAGUUACAUGUUUUCACAUAUCCCUGUGCCAUUGCAUGUUCUCGUACUAUAUCCAUGUAAAGUUUAAAGCCUCAAACGUAACGGAUGGUACAGUACGUGAUGUACUGUAUCGCAGAGAUGCUUUGAAUGAUCAGGAAUGAGGUUCUUACUGAGGGUCAGUGUGUGUGUGUGUGUGUGUGUGAGGCCCAGCAGCUGAAUCAAAAUGACUCGGCAACUGAAAUGUGAUGAUCGGAUGGAGAGGGUCUGUUUUCGUGGUUGUUGCUGCUUCUUUAGCGGUUGUGCUGUGAGCCACACUUUUCCUUUCAUACCUGCUUCUCGCUCCAUCAGGAUGAUCUCCGCCUUAAUCAGAUCAUCUUUUCAUCAGCAGUACAAUUGGUUAGUUUGUUGCCAAAAAGAAAGGAUGCUUGCAGUAUAUGCUGAACUCCUUUUACACAAAACUCUGACCUUUAAUAACGACCCCAUGCAGCCUGACAUCAGAUGCUCUGAACCGUCUCUUUUGCUUCUUGGUUUUGUUUGUUACAUUUAACCAGAAAAGUAGCAGCUUUGUGUUUCUCUGUGGGAGCGUAAGAGAUUAAAACUUCAACACUAAAGCAGCACUAAAGUUGUGCAACAUUGUCAGAAAAAGCUCAAAUUUUUUUCUCAGAUUGCCAACGAUGACACUAUGAGCUAAAAUGUCAAAUUUCUGUUUUUAUUUCUUUUAAUGUUGUCAUGUAAAUAUCUCUUCUCUGUACUCUGUACCUUUACAGGAGCGGACAAAAUCUAAAAACCUGAACCGUUCCUUCAGGUUCAGCUCAAACCACUCAGCCACCGUCGCUCUGACGAGCCAAGAGCCUUAACUUACUGCCAUCUAUACACCUUACAAGCUAAUGUUACAUUCUAUGCACUAUGAAUAAGAUUACAGAGUUUAGUUCCUUUUUUUUUUUUUAAGCAUUCUGUCACCUAUGCCAAAAGAUGUAGUCAAGUGUCAGACUGCUGUAGUUUGUUUAAUGAGACGUUUCUAAAGAGUCCAAGUGUGACUCUGCUGUUUUUCUAUAGACUAGUGGUGUGAACUGUAUGAUAGUUUUUGCUGUAAUGAAAUGGAGAGUUAAUUGCACCGAACAGCUGUUACAUUAAGCAGGAAGUGUUUUAGUUUUAUGUAGCUGCCUGAAAGAGAUGUUAUGAAGCUGGGAAACCAAAUUCAGAGUUUUAAGCAUGAACGUAUUCAGAAAGAAAAAGUACACGCAAAACCACUCCUGAUCACUGAUCAGAACUCAGAAACGACUUGCCUUUUUUUUUUUUUUUGUGGUCAUCGUAUCUCGUCUACUCACCCCUCUGACCUAUUCUUUCUUUGUAGAAAACCUGACGUCUACAUUUCAUUUAAAGCCUCAUUUAAUAUUCAUGCUCAUGUUAGCAGUGGCUGGAUUUUUUUGUACGGUUUGCUAAUUUUUGUAUGAUUUUUACCUCUGCAAAGUAUGUCCCUGUAUAUGCAGAAUUCAAAUAAAGCUGUUAUU